AUGGGCAUCGACAAGCGAAAGAUUCACGAUGUACGCGACUGCAAGCUCAGGGAGCUCGAAAUCGCGGCUCAGCAAGUAAAUUCCUUCUCUGGCCGUUGUAUGGAGUAUCGACUACGUCUAGGCUUCAGCAUGUUUUCCAGUGUCCAAGGCGCUCAUUGUACACUUCUCCGGGUACCCCUCAAGGAAAUGAGCUCGAGCUCGUCAAACCAGACACGUCAGCCCUCGACUUCCCCACGCCCCUCCGCUACCACGACUUCAACAAACGCUCCUUCACCUAGCCUCCCAAGAACGACAAUAUCUUCCUGGAGUUCGACGCUUCGAUCAGCAACAACAUAUGGUACUAGAUGA